GUUCGUGUUCAACGUGCAUGCGCGGAGCAUCUUGCCUUGCGACUCUCUGGACGGGGGCGUGGCUGUGCUGUUCCAGUAUCCUGCAUGUGAGCCACGCGUGGAUCGCGUGCGACUGUUUGCCAAGCUGCGGGCCGACGUUGCGUCCCUGGCGCCCCCCACGUCACUGCACUACGUAGCGGAGCAGCGUGUUCCCCCCGGGGCCCACAGCCUCCGGUUCGACUGCGACUACUUCUCGGAGCGCUACAUCGAGUACUGCUUCGUAUACGUGAACCAGGCUGUAACGGGCGCCGUGACGGACGUGCGGAUGGAUUGUGUGCCCACCAUGCCCGUGCAAGAGUCAGACACUGGGGGAUGGGGUGCCUGGAGCCCCUGGACACACUGCACUUCUUCUUGUGGGGGCGGCACACGAAGCAGGUUCCGAUUGUGCGACUCGCCGGCUCCCAGGUACGGCGCCAGGUUCUGUGAGGGACCAUCCCUACAGUCAGAAUCCUGCAGAGAUGGAACUGAGUCCUGGGGCUGUCUCCUCUCACCCUCAUCUUCAUUGCCUGUUGACCAUCCGGGAGUCGUGGCCGAGGUGGGCCCAGGAUGCCGCUGUGGCUGUGUUGUCCAUCUCAGUGUUGCCAAGCCAAGACGCAUUCUUGCCACAUCAACAGCCAGCUGUCCUGGCAGGACGUUCUGGCUUAUUCAGGCAGAUGCAGGAUCAGUGAUCCGGCUGACCGUUGUGCAUUUGCGGCUGCCAUGUGGAAGGCAGUGGCUCAAGGUGCGGGAUGGUGACUCCCUGGCAGCCACCCUGGUGGCUUAUCUGUCGGGGCGUGUGACGUCCCAUGCCUUCACGUCCACUUCCAACUACUUGCUCCUUGAUUUCUUCUCAGAUGACGUGGUCCCUGCCUGUCUUGGCAGCUUCCUUGCACUUGCUGAGCAGACAGCCCCUCUGCCCAGGAACAUGACCUUGUCCCUGGAAGAAGUGGCUGUGCUCUCUGCAAACAGUCCCGCGCUGUCCAUGGUGCACUUACUGGCUGCAGUUUUCGUGGCAGUUGUGCUGUUGGUGUCAGCACUGCUGGCUGCUCAGUCACUGUUCCGGUACCAGAAGUAUCAGCUGGCGAUGUCGCGGGACAGCGAACUUGGUUCUGCCCCAUCAUGCUCCACUCUUCUGAGUGAGGUCAUCAGCAUCAAGAGGCUGCGGCCAGGUUGUGCCACCGUUCACACCAGGCUUUGUGAUGAGGAAGAACGGGAUGAGGGUCUCGACUCGGAGCCGGAGUAUGAGGUGGUAGGAGACAGUAGUACCACAGCUCACCACCAGGAGCAACAGUUGACUGUAGAUCAGCCAUCAGAUGUAGGACCACCAUUGGCCUCGCUGCCCUGCACCCCCCGAGAUUCCCCUGCCCCCCUGCGCCGAUCCACAACCUUCUCCCCUGACAAGGCGACCCAGAAGGCACCAACACCAACACGAACACCACAAGAACCCCAGAGUCACAGCGUGGUGAGAGAGGAUGUGAGGAGCCAACGCCAGCAUCUCGGUGCGACUCCCAGCAGCGCAGUUUCAUGGAGCAGUGUUGCCACCCUGAGCAAUGUAAGCACCUGAGUGUCCUCAUGCUGAGUAACUUAAUACUUUUUGUUGUAGGAUUCUGGCCCAAUGGUGGCAUAAGCUACUGUCAAGCAUUGCCAGCUGUGUAGGUUAUGUAACAUCUGUUUCAUGCUCAUCAGUGUGUGUCACACAGUGUGCCAAGUAAGGGAUCGGUUGCAAGGGCAAUCUUAUGAGUAACCUACUAGCUUCUCUUGUAGGAUGCUGGCUCAAUGGUGGCACAAGCUACUGUCAAGCAUUGAUAGCUGUGUAGGUUAUGUAACAUCUGUUUCAUGCUUGUCAGUGUGUGUCACAUAGUGUGCCAAGUAGGGGAGUGGUUACAAGGGCAUUCUUGUGACCCAACCCAGAGGGACUGAGAAAAAUUAGGAAAUUGGUCUGUUGAGCAAGAUCUGAACUGAAUGUCUCCCAGGCAUGAAGCAGAAGUAAUUUAUGCAGAAAAUACGUGAUUGUUUGAGCUUACUGAUUUUUCACCUAGCCUCCCAUUGUAGAGAAGUUGAGAAUACAUGAUGCAAUGUCUCCAUUUUAUAUGUGCUCAUCACAACAAUGAGAUGCUGAUUGCCUACUUGAGAAUGCAUUAGAUGUGACACAUAGCAGGAGACAAAAAUAUAUUUAUAGUAAAAUUCUACAAUCUUCUUCUUAGAAUCACAGUCCAUGUUGUAUCGAUCCUACAAAUGAUUGACUGGCGUUAGUCCAGAAAUCACUGAAGAAAUGGGAAGAUACUGCAGUGAUAUUGCAGGAAACUUCAAAGAUGGUAUAAGACAUAAACUGAAACGCUUUGAAGUAUCCUCCAAAAUUUCACUAUAAAAGCAUGAAUAAAGAGUCCCCUUCAAUAUUUCUGACUUCCCACGAUCUCUUUUACAACUGAAAGUUAUGGUGUGACAGCUAGCACUCCUGUUUUGUGUUCAGGAAGUCCUUGAUUCCAGCUUCAGUCCAGUGACUAGUUGAGCUGUCCUUAUUGAGUAUUCACUGCAGUUUUCUUCCUCGUCUUCUUCUUCUUCUUCUUCUCCUCCUCCUCCUCCUCCUCUGCAUUCCAGAAUUAGGCAGAAGAACUCUGAACUGCAGCUCCAUCCCUUCUCAGGUCUGCUUAUAUCUUUUUUCCAUCUUGGCUGGUAUAUCCAGAAUUUGUCCUGGUAGACAGUCAGGAUUCAUUUGAUCCAACUUCCAGAAAUGUUUAUAUGCUGUUCUUUUAGCCUGGAUUGCAGAUAUCUGUAACUAUUUUCUAAAUUAUUGAUUUGGUAUUCUGUCCUCCCUUGUACAUCCCUUCAUAGAGUAUAGGGGUUUAAUUUGUGCUGAUGUAAUCUUAAUUUAAUCUUCUGCUCCUCAAAAAUCCAUGACUCCAAAUCACAAUAGAACAGGGACUACAGAGACUUCAUAAAAAUCUUAAUUUUCUUAAUUUCCUCAUUAAACAUACAUUUUAUUGUUCCACAUAACCUUUGGUGCUUUGCUUUCUCAUUGUUUGUGUGAUCAUUGUCAAAGCAGACAUCACAUCCUAAAUAACUGUAAUGUUUCACUUAUUCUUAUAUCUUAUCUUCUCAAACUAUUUUUGAUCCAAUUGCCUUCUUUCUACUUAAUACAGUUACCUCGUUUUCAUAGUGGAGAUAUUAAAUUAUACUUUUUACAGAUAUUAUUUACUUGAACACCAAAAUGCAGGGCAAAAUCAUGACAUAAA